UUGCUGGGAUCUAUCUUUUUCCUUGGAUAUACACAUUGUUUUGAAAAUCUUUCUCUAUCAGCUAGAGUAACACAAAGUUCGACAUUCAAAAGGCAAUAUGCCAGUUUAGCAAAUGAUGGCAAGACACGUACGGAUUUUGGAAGUUGUGCACAUACCGAUACAAAUCGUACGAAGGCGUGGUUUGAAGUGGAUCUUCUGAAGCCAUAUAGCUUAAAAAGUGUGAACAUUUAUUACAGGAGUGAAGGAUCUUGGAAGCCAUAUCGCUUCAGACAGUUCUACCUCGAUGUAUCUGAAUCCCCAGCUAAAGAAACGAUAACGACUCAAAGAACCCGGUGUUACACUGACAAUACAACCGCCGAAGAAGUACCUAAAAUUACAAUUGACAUCCCCUGUAAACAGACAGCUAGAUACGUCAUUGUAGAGACUACGUAUGACGCUCCUGAAGAUGAUAACACUGGUGAACAUGGGGCGAUUCUUGAACUGUGUGAAAUACAAGUUUAUGGAUGUGAGGUGGGAAGAUAUGGUUCUAAUUGUUACAAAUGCUCGGGAUGUCAAACCUGUGACAUAAUCAGUGGUUUAUGUCAAUGCAAUGCAACUUGCAAAUCCAAUGCCUGCGACAGUUCAGGAUUCUGUACACACGGUUGUGUAGACAGAUAUUGGGGACCUAAAUGUAAUAUGGAAUGUCCUAGAAACUGUAAAGAACUGACUUGUGACAGAUAUACUGGAUAUUGUAUGAACUGUCCCUCUGGGUUUUGGGGGAACACAUGUACAUCAAAUUGUUCAUUGUCUUGCUCUGGAGAAGUCUGUGACAAAGUGAAUGGAUACUGUACACUUGGAUGUAAAAUGGGACGGUAUGGAUACACUUGUAAUGAGACGUGUAGUAAUGGAUGUUUAUCUGGUACAUGUACCAAAGAAAAUGGAUCCUGCAGUUGUAAACAGAACUGGACAGGAAAUAAAUGUGACAAAUGCGAUGCAACACAUCACGGAUCAAAUUGUGCUCUUGAAUGCAGUUCAAAUUGUGUAAACAGCACAUGUGAUGAUGCCUCUGGCUUCUGUACGUUUGGAUGUAAGACAGGACUCUACGGGCAUUAUUGUAAAAGAGACUGUAGUAGUUGCCCAACAGGAUGUGACAGAAUCACAGGAAAAUGUGUUGGUACCUGUCUGGUCGGAAAUUAUGGUAUAUUCUGUAAUGAAACAUGCAAUCAAGGUUGUAGAAGUGGGUGUGAUAAAGACAAUGGUAUCUGUUAUUUUUGUGAAAAUGGUUUAUUUGGAGAUAAGUGUAACGCAGUCUGUAAUACGUGCCAUGCAGGAUGUGACAAAACUACGGGGGAAUGCAGUGGUAACUGUUCAGUUGGUUAUUUCGGGAAAAUCUGUACCGAAAUGUGCAAUUCAAAUUGUAAAAAUGGAUGUCAUAGAAACACUGGUAUCUGUAUUAGCUGUGUUGUUGAACACUAUGGACAUUUAUGCAACGAGACUUGUAGCCCUGGAUGUUCAUCCGGUUGUAAUCGAAGAAACGGAAGUUGCACGUGCAAAUCUGGAUGGCAAGGGGAAACUUGUAACAAACCCGAGAAAUUGUCUGGUUCUGCUGAGUUCCCGGCGACUGAAGUGGGUGCGGGGUUGGGGGCCCUCCUGUUCGUCAUAGCUACCAUCGUGGUCAUUUGGUUGAUCAGAACAAAAAGGAAUAAUAGUUCUAAAUCCACCUCUUCUGUACUUUUUCACAAGUCAGCCCCUGAUCAAGAUGAAAGUAAAAGAUAUACAAAUGUGAGCAGCGUUUCUGUUGCGAUUGAGGACCCGGAUGAAGAACCUCAGAUAGAGAAACCCGAGGAGUGUGUAUACUACAACAACCUCUCUGUAGCGAAAGACAUCCCUGUGUCUGACCUCCUCAACAUCAUCACAACCAAACAUGCCAAGGAGAACGAGGGAUUUCUGAAGGAAUUCAAGUCACUUCCCUACGGAGAAAGAUUCCCAUGUGAAGUCGCUAAAAGCGCAGAAAAUAUGCCCAAAAAUAGAUUCAAAACAACGUUCCCAUAUGACCAUUCCCGAGUUGUGUUGGAGUCGUCUAAGGAGUUUAACUCUGAUUACAUAAACGCCAACUAUAUAGAGAACAUGGACGGACAACGCGAAUUUAUUGCUAGCCAAGGGCCGCGGGUUAACACAGUCGUCGACCAUUGGAGGAUGAUCUGGCAGGAACACGUCAAUUACAUCGUCAUGUUGACCAACCUCAUAGAGGGUCCAAAGGUAAAAUGUCAUCAAUACUGGCCAGAGGCUGGCAAGGGGAUGGACGUCGAUCCUUUCUCUUUAACUUUGCUAGAAGAGAAAGUGUAUGCCUACUUUGUCGUUAGAAAAAUGGCGGUUCGGAAAAAGAAGGUCAUCGGGUCAAGGACGGUCGUACAGUUUCACUACACCCACUGGCCGGACCAUGGAACCCCGGACCCCCUGAACUUGGUCGACUUCCUGAGACAGUUCCGACACAAAAUCAAACCGUCUCAUCAUCCCAUCCUCGUGCAUUGCAGUGCAGGGAUAGGCAGAACCGGUACAUUUAUCGCUCUAGACGUUUUGUCCAGAUACAGCAAGGUCAAGGGAAAAGUCAAUAUCAUUGAGUAUGUCAAGGCCAUGCGAAAGGACAGGAUGACAAUGAUACAGAACGUCGACCAGUACGUCUUCCUGUACUAUGCACUGUACGAAUUCUUUAGAAGAUCUGGACAAUUUGUCAGAAAGGAUGAUUUUCUGUCGGAGUUUGCGAACUUGAAUAAAGCAGAAACAAAGAAGCAACUAUCAGACGAGUUUAACGAACUCACCAGUUUGAAAACAAAAUAUGAGGCCAAAGAUUACAAGUCAGGCAAGAAACACCAGAAACUGAACGCCUCAAAGUCCGUACUGCCAGUGGAGAAGUACCUGGUGUAUCUGACAUCUCACAUAGCCGGCAGAGACACCUACUACAAUGCCAUCAACGUGUCGUCAUUCACUCAAGCGGAAGAGCUUAUAUCUGCGCAGUUUCCGGUGGCGGGAGCCGCCAUUGAUCUUGUGCGGCUGCUGAUUGAUGAAGACUGCUCGUUUCUAGUUUGUUUGAACCCUAUGUCAGAAGUAAAGGAGCUUAAAGACUGGGUGAAUGAUAAUAUUAAAACCAUUAAACUGGAUCCCUAUGAAAUCACCAAGCAUGCGCAGACGGAGCAGUCUCCAGAUAUCAGAAAAACAAGUCUCAAAAUAAAGGGAAAGGAGGAUGACAUCCUGGGUGUUGAGAUAUUGGAGUGUAUGAGUUGGAGCUCGUCACAGACCGUGCCCACGGACAAAUCAAUACUGAUCAAUUUCAUCAAGCAAUUCUGUCUGGACCGCAGGUCUCAUCCAGAUGGACGUGUGGCUGUCCUGUCAAAGGACGGUGCCGUGGGUUGCGGUGUGUUCUGUGCCGUGUAUAACGCCGUACAACAGAUACAACAGGACGCCGAGGUGGACAUGUUUACCAUCGUACGACAGCUGCAGGUCCGCCGACCGGAAAUGAUCUCAACCGUGGAGGAGUACGAGUUGUGUUAUGACGCCGUGCACCAGUUCCUGGCGUCAGAUAGCGUCUACGCCAAUACCUGAGUCCGUGCGUCCGUGCGUCUCUAUGCAUCAAGGACUGUAUAUUACUUUCACUAGGUCGGUGUAUUAUAGAACACGAGAAAGAAUUGUCGUUUUAUCAGAGUAUUAACAAUUGUAAAGUGCCGCGGGAAAAUCAAUGCUGCAUAUUUUUUUUUUAAAGGACGCUCCCUCUUAAAAGUGCAAUGAUAUAUAAGGUGGUAUGGGACACCCAUCGAUAUAAACAAUAAAAUCAAGUAUAAUGUAAUUUAUUUCCCGAUGUUACCUAACAGCGUAGUGCAAUGGGUUAGAUCGUUACUUACGAAACUGUAAACUGUUAGUCAUGAGUUUGAAACCCGCUGGGGAUUUUAUAAUUUUUAACCUUUCCAGAACUUUUUAGAAAACAUCUUUGUUUCCGUGGGGACUGGAAAAAUAUUGUAAAAUUUAAAAAAUCCCAAAACGUUGAAAGUAUUUUAAUUGAUUAUAAUGUACUUUCAUCCACAUCAAUUCCGACAAGUGUUCCAUAUCACCUUACAUUAAAUUAUUAAAUAUAUGAUUUUUAAAAUCUCUCUCUCUCUCUCUCUCUCUCUCUCUCUCUCUUCAUUGUUUUUGUACAUAUUAUAGAUUAUACAAAAAUAUGGCUGCUUUUUUGUCGUCUCAUAUAGAAUAUAUAUUAUGGUUUUUUUUUACAAUUACAUAUGGUGCGAAAAUUUUGUUAGCUUUACUGGUAUGUUUAUAGGUGACUUAAAAGAUUUUGUUCCAUCAUAUCCCAUUAUGUCACAAAUCCAAGCGAUGAGUUGAAUCUUAAUAAUAAUAUUUCUUUGUUCCUGGUAAUAAAAUAUAUAUAUAUCGGCUCCUAAUGAUAUUUACUAGUAAACGGAAUGUUUUUUUUUAGGGAUAACUUUAGUACAUGUAAUACAAUUACUGAUUUGUCAUUUAAUUUUUAAACAAAUUUCUGAUUCACUGAGGGUAAAGUCAGUUUUUACUAAAUAGAUACAGACGGUUAUUUUGAAAGCAAAUCCGUCUCCUAUUUUACUCUAUUGUUACAUAAUAUUGGAACCGGCAGGGUAGGUUUGUAGCGUUGUUUUUAAUGUAUUAUACAUUUAUUUUUUUCAUCAUAAUAAUUAUAUAUUGUUUUUGUUAUUAUUGUUAUCAUUUUUUAUGUUUAAAAAUAAUUACAUUGUGAUUUCAUUUUAAUCGUAUUGUUGAUUUGAUGUUUUAAUCCUUCUGAUCCAUAUUGGCAUCUAUACUCAGUGGCAACAUUUAAAGCAAUAUGAGCUGUAUUUUUUAGAAUUUUAUUUUGCUGCAUAAACCUGCUAGUAUGAUAAGGCUACAUGUAAUUUAAACUUUUGUGAUAUUAAAAUAAGAUUUGGAAAAAUUAUUAAUUUUUGUCAGAAGAAAGAUUUCUCUUCUAAGGAAUAUAUAGCAGAUCAAUUUUUGUACAGGACGACAAUAAUUCAAUUUUGCUUCAAUUUAGGCUUCUUAACAGCUUAUUCCACAAAAAUAAGGCUAGCAGAAAUUUAAGAACCAUGGUACUUUUGUGAUUUUAGAAGAAAAUAACUUUUCAGCAUGAAAAUUGCAGCUCAUAUUGCUUUAAAUCUCGAAUCUGUGGGUUUUUUUUUAACAUGUACUACUCUAUUGUUCAGUCAGCAUAAUAAUGUAAAAUUCCUAUUUGUUUCUUAAGUUGCUUUGUUUCAGUAAGGACUUGAAUUUAAUCAAUUACAAAACCAAAGAAUACAUUCUUUUUUUUAUAUGCGUUAUGUAUUUUUAAGAUUAUUGAGUAUUAUAUAGAUUUGACUGUAAAUUUUGUAUUUACUGCCACUCGGUAAAUUCAAAAUUUACAACAUGACAGAUGGUCACUGAACUUUGAUUUUUUGUUUUGAUUAUUUUUGAUUUUUGUGAAGUUGAUUUAAUAUUUAUAUUUGCAUGUAUUUGGUAAUAAACCUUACUUCCUAGG